AUGCCUCCGCCGGCGCCUGCUCCGUGGCCGCCUCCCGCGCCGCCGCCUAUGCCUCCGCCGGCACCUGCACCGAACCCGCCUCCUGCGCCACCACCGGCGCCUGCUCCGUGCCCACCUCCUGCGCCGCCGCCCAUGCCUCCACCAACACUUGCACCACCUCCUGCACCGAUCCCGCCUCCCGUGCCACCGCUUCCUCCGUGCCCACCUCCCGCGCCACCGCCCAUGCCUCCACCGAACCCACCUCCCAUGCCACCACCGAACCCUCCACCAGCGCCGCCUCCACCUCCGAACCCACCGCCACCGCCCAGGCCUCCUCCUCCACCAAGUCCGGUGCCACCACUAGUACCGAUCCCGCCGCCCGCGCCACCUCCGGCUCCGAAGCUGCCACCCAUGCCUCCGCCUAUUCCAGCUCCGCCACCGGCUCCCGCGCCACCUCCAAAGCCGCCGCCGACCCCUCCGCUACCUCCACCUCCAACGCCGCUGCCCUUCCCACCACCGAAACCCAUUCCUCCACCCGCACCACCACCGAAACCACCACCUCCUCCAAAGCCUCCACCACCACCCAUCCCACUGCCAGCUCCAGCUCCAUCACCGAGGCUGCCUCCUGCGCCACCUCCAGCACCAAACCCACCGCCAGCACCACUUCCUAAUCCAUCGCCACCACCAAGUCCUCCUCCUCCACCGCCUCCAAGUCCCGAACCACCACCAAGUCCGCCUCCUGCACCAGCUCCUACUCCAAAACCAGCGCCACCACCCACACCGAAUCCUCCGGCGGCUCCUACUCCCCCACCACCGCCAAAUCCGCCGCCGCCACCAGCUCCAACACCAUCUCCGCCUCCAAGCCCACCUCCUCCACCUGCUCCUGCACCUACCCCACCUCCACCUCCAAGUCCCCCGGCACCACCAAGACCGCCUCCUCCACCUGCCCCGCCUCCAAACCCAGCACCACCGCCUACACCACCUCCUCCUCCAAACCCGCCGCCGCCGCCCAUCCCUCCCCCUGCUCCACCUCCUGCACCCACACCACCUCCCAGUCCACCACCAGCACCACCUCCCGCACCGCCUCCAACACCACCUCCCAUUCCACCACCAGCAGCUCCUCCAAUGCCGCCUCCCAUCCCAGCUCCAGCACCGCCACCACCACCCUUACCAUGCCUAUUAUCACAAUCCUCGGCACCGAUCAUGCCGGGCCUCCACGCCAUGGGCUCACGCCGUGCCGCGUCGGUGCUCGCUGCCCACAGGACGACGGACACCACCACCACCACCACCAUCGCUCGCAGGUUUCCCAUGGAAGAAGAAGCCAGCUUAGCCAUGGCUCCUACUGCUUCCUGCUCUAGCUACAGAAGCCUCUCAAGUGAUCUGUGCGCAGGGGAAGCGAGAGCGCGCGGGCGUAUUUAA